AUGUCAUUUGAGGUUGUUGAAAUAAUUCUUAGCUUCGAAAUCAUACCUGAUUGCAGUUCAGUGUAUGAGCACAUCUUCGAUCCUACUUAAAUAAUUUAUUUCUUUUCCUCUCGAAGAUGGAAUAUAAUAGUUUUAGCUGUGGCGUACUUGAUUUGGAGUUUCUUAGCAGCCUAUUAAAUUCAAUAUUCAGUAUCAUACUUCUUUAAUUUUAAACCCUUCCUUGAGUACCAGUCUAGACAGUUAAUCCUUAGAAACUGGAGGUACUUUAAUAAUAUGCCUGGGACUAUAUUAGAACGAGGCCUAAGUUCUUUUUUUUAGGGCGAUUUAGAUUCUUGA